AUGGAAGUAGAACUUAAACAAACCUCUGAAUGGUCUAAGCUUGAAGAAAAUACUCCAAUCUCUAAGAGCAAUAUAUGGGACGAAACAUCUAGAGACUCGGAAGAUUCAGUGACAGAAACACCACGCAAACGAAAUGGAUGGGAUGUUACUCCUCAAGUUUCAACAAAGAAAUCUCGUUGGGAUGAAACACCUACUCAUCCAGAAGCUCAAAUUAGAGCCACACCUGUUGUGAAUUUGGAAGUACAACUAUGGGAAAAAGAUCUAGAUGCACGUAAUAAACCUUUAUCAGAUGAAGAGCUUAAUGCAAUGUUUCCUUCAACUGAAAUACCAGAUGUUGGUAACUUGCCAUUUUUUAAACAAGAAGAUAAGCAACACUUUGGUAAAUUAUUAGAAGAUAAAGGUGAAAGUGAAUUACCUGAAGGAAUGCAAGAUUAUGAGAUUACUUCUUAA